AUGCCGGCAGCCAAUGAGAGUAACUACGGGGAGAGUGGGAUGGAGGCCUUCAAGGAUAUGGCUGCCAAGGAGGGCAUCUGCAUCGCCCACUCUGGUAAGAUAUGGAGCAACGCGGGGGAGAAGAGUUUUGACAGGCUGCUGGAGCGUCUCAGAGCACACCUGCCCAAGGCCAGGGUGGUAGCCUGCUUCUGUGAGGGCAUGACGGUCAGGAACAUCCUCAUGGCCAUGAGACGACAGGGACUGGUGGGGGAGUUCCUAUUGGUCGGCAGUGAUGGCUGGGCGGACCGGUACGAUGUGACAGAUGGGUAUGUGCGCGAGGCGGCGGGGGGAAUCACCAUCAAGCUGCAGUCAGCUGAUGUGAAGUGGUUUGAUGAGUACUACCUGAAGCUGCGGCCGGACAACAACCUGAGAAACCCCUGGUUCCCUGAGUUCUGGCAACACCGAUUCCACUGUAGGCUGAAGGGACACCCACAGGAGAGCCUCAAGUACAACCGCACCUGCAGCAAGCGGGAGUCAUUGCGACAGCAGUAUGCCCAGGACACUAAGAUGGGCUUUGUGAUCAAUGCCAUCUACUCCAUGGCCUAUGGGCUCCAUAACAUGCAGCGCUCACUCUGCCCAGGCUACCAGGGGCUGUGUGAUGCCAUGCGACCUAUAGAUGGUGCCACACUGCUGGACUUCCUGAUGAAGACCAACUUCACAGGCGUGUCUGGAGAGGGUAUCCUGUUUGACGAGAACGGAGACUCACCUGGCCGAUAUGAGAUCAUGAACUUUAAGAAGAUGGGGAAGGACUACUAUGACUAUAUUAACGUAGGGAGCUGGGACAACAGUGGGCUGAAGAUCGACGACGACGAAAUCUGGGCCAGCAAGGACACCAUCAUCAAAUCAGUCUGCAGCGAACCCUGUGACAAGGGACAGAUUAAGGUGAUCCGUAAAGGAGAGGUGAGCUGCUGCUGGACCUGCACUCCCUGUAAGGAGAAUGAGUUUGUGUUUGAUGAGUACACCUGCCGAGCCUGUGACCUGGGCUCCUGGCCCACCUUCCAUCUCACAGGCUGUGACCCUAUCCCAGUGGAGUACCUGCGUUGGGGGGACCCAGAGCCCAUUGCUGCUGUGGCAUUUGCUUGUUUGGGACUCUGUGCCACAUUCUUCGUCACCUCCGUCUUCAUCAGGUUCCGGGACACUCCGGUGGUGAAGUCGUCUAGCAGAGAGCUGUGUUACAUCAUCCUGGCUGGGAUCUGUCUGGGCUAUCUGUGUACCUUCAGUCUCAUCGCCAAGCCCCAUGCUGCACACUGCUACCUACAGAGACUGGGCAUAGGCCUGUCCCCUGCCAUGAGCUACUCUGCCCUGGUCACCAAGACUAACCGUAUAGCCCGUAUCCUGGCUGGCAGUAAGAAGAAGAUCUGUACAAAGAAGCCCAGGUUCAUGUCUGCCUGCGCCCAGCUCAUCAUCGCCUCUCUACUCAUCCUGCUGCAGCUGGGCAUCAUAGUGGCUCUCUUCCUCAUGGAACCCCCACAGGUGAUCCACGACUACCCCAGCAUCCGGCAGGUCAACCGCAUCUGUUACACCACCAACCUGGGCGUGGUGGCGCCGCUGGGCUACAACGGCCUGCUGAUCCUGAGCUGCACCUUCUACGCCUUCAAGACGCGCAACGUCCCGGCCAACUUCAACGAGGCCAAGUACAUCGCCUUCACCAUGUACACCACCUGUAUCAUCUGGCUGGCCUUCGUGCCCAUCUACUUCGGUUCCAACUACAAGAUCAUCACCAUGUGCUUCAGCGUCAGCCUCAGUGCCACUGUGGCGCUCUGCUGCCUGUUCGUUCCCAAGGUGUAUAUCAUCCUGGCCAAGCCGGAGCGUAACGUGCGCAGUGCCUUCACUACGAGCACGGUGGUACGCAUGCACGUGGGUGAUGGGAAGUCCUCCUCGGCCGCCAGCCGCUCCUCCAGCCUGGUCAACCUCUGGAGGCGACGCUGCUCCGCUGGAGAGACACUCAGUUCCAAUGGGAAGUCAGUAUCCUGGGCCCAGACGGAGCGGGGUUCCCGUGGAAACCACCUGUGGCAGCGCCUGUCAUUCCACAUCAAGAGGAAGGAGAACAACCAGACAGCUGUCAUCAAGCCCUUCUCCAAGACCCCCGAGGGGCGCUACAGUGGGGGCCCUGACCUUCACCCCCGCAUGCCGUCCUUCCCCCACUCCCACUCCCACCCUGAUGCAGACAAGACCCUGUACGAGCUCACAGAGGCAGAGGAGAGAUACGCCGAGGAGAGAUGCCCAAUUACCUACCGGCCUCAGACCCCUUCACCAAUCAGUACUGUCAGCCAGCACCUGCAUGGGGCGGAACUAAGGGAGGAGCCGCUUGUGAUGGGUGUACCGACCUCCCUGACCAGGGGUUCUGUCGGCGGGGGUGAUGUGUUUGACAGUUCUCUGAUGGAUCAGAUCAGCUGCGUGGUUAACCGUUUCACUGCCAACAUCAGCGAGCUCAACAGCAUGAUGCUCUCCCCGUCUCCCACACACUCACACACACACGCCCUGACGCCCUCCCACCCUGCAGACCCCUUCCUCCUCCCCCGGGAGAUCCCCCUCCCCCUCACCAUGACCACAUACGCUGACGUCCAGCCCCUGCCCCCUGUAGAGUCCUACGUAGGGGGACACGCCGGCCUCACUCACCCCCUGCCUCACCCUCGCCUCCUAACUCACCCUCAGGCCUCCCACUCUCCGGUGCGACACCUCACUGUGGGAGUGGAGUCCCCUCUAAGGAGGGCAGAGCUGGAGGAGGAGCUAAUGAAUUUGACCCCGCCCUCGCCCUUCCGUGAUUCGCUGGGGUCGGGCAGUGGCUCCCCGGUCUCAGAGUCCACCCUGUGUCUGCCCCUGCCCUCGUCCCCUCCGCCCAAAUACGAAAUGCUGACCCUGAGAAACUACAGCCAGAGCUCUUCCUCACUGUGA